AUGACCAGCAUUUUGCCUUCAUUUGUAUUUCCCGACCCCGCACCCUCUCUGCCUACAUGGCCAGCAUUCACCGAUGCACCGUUCAAACCUGGUAACAACCCAUCUGACCACAUGCGAAUGUACCUGCAGUAUGUACUUGGCGACAGAUACAACUACCCUGCCAGUGGCUUUGGAUCACCGACCGCUUCUGUCCACAUAGCCGACAUAAUAGAACCGUUUCUACUCGGGACAAAUCCAGACUCCGAUACUGCUUGGACAGAACAAAUCCAUGCAGUACAGAUAUACUGCUUGGUGUGCCCUCCUAUGGAGAACGGCGACAGAAAAGGAGAAACAGACGAAGUGGGAUGGCCUUUCUGUGGAGGCGGCGACGACGUCGGCUCCGAAUCGACAUUUGAUCAGAUACUCGAUUGGGCUCCGCAAUCUGGUGGAGUUAGUCAAGGACUUGCAGUGCCCGAACCGAGUUUUGGGAAGCCGAGUUCUGGGUGGGGGAGCAUAAGUCUGGCAUGUGCACUGGCGAUGUACACGACUUCCGACAUUAUCGAUGGGACAGUGCCACUCUACAUGAACCGUCCAAGCGUCAAGAGUCAAGUGUUCAUCGUCUCUGGUGCUCCAAGAAACGGUGCAUCGGAUCCUGGCGUAUUGAUGCCUUACCGGUAUAGCGUGGCUUGCCCUCUUGGCUCACAAAACGGGAGUGCCUGCGAUAAUACAGAGCCUUCCUCGACGAGUAGCUAUACUCCUGUUCCCACAUCGACCCAAGACAUGUGGGUUGCAUUGUUUCCCACAGCAACUUCUACAACUUCAGCUCGAAAUUCCAUUGAUGUCUGUGUUGAGUCGAAGUUCAACCGCUGUCGUACAGAUGGGUGGUAUGGAUGGCCGGUUGGCCAACGUGUUGGAGUUAUCAUUUGCGUGGCGGUCGGCUCCAUCAUUCUCAUACUGUUACUACGUCGAUGCUCGCAGUCCAAGUGGUCCCAUAAGCGAGAGAAGGCAAAGCCGAUGCUCUUGAGCGAGUUACGUCGCCAGCAGGCUGCAGAGGAACGAGUCGCGGCCGAACGACGUUAUGUCGAACGCCUACAUGAGGAACACGCAAGUACUUCAAGAGGAAGUAGGGACCGGAUAGAACACCCCCCAGAAGAUGUGCUCCCGACAUACAAAGAAGCGAUCAAGGAUCGUAGGCGCACGCCGGCCGGAGACGCUCCGCAAGUGAACGAAGGUGUAUCGAUAGGAUGGCCACCAAUGUACUCAGACAUUGUACAACAGCCUGCACCCGUUGCAAGCACUUCGUCGCGAGUUCCCUAUCCGGCCCUUCCAGCAUCUCCGAGAAGAUAA